CUGUACAUAAUAUGAAGCUAACUUAAACCGGAAGUAAAAUACGUAGUUCAUACAUAGGUAAAGUGUAAUUUAGGAUUAGAAUGAUGCAGUUGGAAGACAUUAAAUGUGAAUAUAAACUAGACAAGUCUCAAUGCCACACAUGCCUAAGUUUUGGUCGAAAACUUACCUUAUUGGGUGAAUAUGUAGAUAUAUUAAGAAAAAUAGUCCCGCAGACUGGAUUCUGGAUUAACUGCAACAUGGAAUCGGUGCACAUUUGCUGGGAGUGCAGUGGAGCCCUAUCAAAGAUGGCUGCCUUCCAGAAGCGAGUGCUCAGAGCCACUGAAAUGCUGGAAACGGGGCAGGCAUAUGGAACCUUGUCAAAUCUAACCACAGUCAUAUUUAAUGACAUAAGUCCUAACACGAUCUACGUCACACAGACAAAUGAUCCGACACCCACAGACACAAAAUGUGAAACGGAUGAUAUAGUCCAUGACACUGGCCAUGUUUCAGAUACCACAGACAACAUAGAAUUGGUGAAAACGGAUGAUACAGAGAUGAUAAAAACUAGAAAACUAAAAAAUAAUAAGUGGACUUUGAAAAGGGCAUUGCUGAAUAAAAAGCCAAAAUUUAAAGUUAUUGACAAUAAUAAAAUAUUUAGAAAGGUCCAAUUAAGUUUAGAAGAACUGAAAAGUUGUCUAGAGAAGGAGAGACAUAGUGAAUUUUAUAUGUCAUGUAAAUUUAAAUGUGAAAGCUGUGUGCUUGGGUUUAAGGAUGAAAACGGUUUGGCUAGGCAUGCCGAAAAACAUCAUAGUGUGACUAUAGGCCCAUACACCUGCGACAUAUGCACCACGCGGGCCGCCAACAAAACUUCCCUAGUGUCGCACAUAUCCGAACACUACUACACGCACGAGUGCUCGAUGUGUGCGUUCGCCAGCCGCCACGCCACGCACCGGCGCGUCCAUGCGCGCGCGCAUAAGGUCGCGCUGCAGUGCGUCAAGUGCGAGUUGAAAUUUGGGUCUCGCAGGGAUUUCUUCCAGCAUCACAAGGAGUGGCACGAGAGGUUCGUCUGCGACCACUGCGGCGUCAGCUUCAAGAUGCGGUACUGCAUCAAGGACCAUAUCAGGAAGCAACAUUCCCCUUUUGAAUGCAAACUCUGUGACAAGAAGUUCUCCCGGUACAAUGGAUUAUGGCUGCACAAUAAGGUGUGUCACACCGAGUCUGCUCAGGGCGCGUACUGCGUGGAGUGCGACCGGCGCUACGCGGACGUGUACCGCUACCGCUGGCACCUCAGCAACAGCGCGCGCCACCGGCCGAGGGCGAGACUACGGAUCCCAUGCCCCGGGUGCGACAAGGUGUUCACCAAGAAGAUAUACAUGAAGGACCACUACGACCUGGUGCAUCUCAAGAUAUACAAGUACCGGUGCGAGCGGUGCGACAAGAAUUUCCUCCGCAACGCGGACUUAGUGCAGCACCGGAAGCGAGUGCACGAGGGUAUCCUUCCGCCCAAGAACAAGAUCUGCUACAUGUGCGGUCGCGGGUUCACAACGAACAAGAUCCUGUCGAACCACGUGCGCACGCACACGGGCGAGCGGCCGUACGCGUGCGCGCGCUGCCCCGCCGCCUUCGCGCAGCGCGCCGCGCUCAGGCAGCACGCACGCGCGAGGCACGACACACAAGACUCUUGA